AUGGCCUCCCCAAACCUUGGUUUCUCUCCGUGGCGGAGAAGAGCCGCAUCUUUGAGCUCCCAGAGGACCGGCGAGAACAACAAUCCUGAGAAUCCUUUGCUCAGUCCAGGCCGAAACUCCCAAAUGGCUGAUCCGCGAAUCUUGUCGUCUUCAGUGAGCUCCAGUCACCGGGAGCCGAUCCGUUCCUUCAUUCAUGGCAAUGUGAGGGACCACCUAGGCAAGCAUCCUGUAACUGGCGCAUACGUCACGCCUGUCGCGCAUGCCGCUAACCGUCUACAAACAGCUCCCGUUGAUAGCGCCCAGUACGCUCGCAGCGUGCGCGAAGACACAGCAGAGCUCGCCUCGUACCUCUUGUCUGACAAGAAGACGGGCCAGAGCCCAGCCUUCCUCUCCCGUCAACGCUCACAAUCAUCAGCUCUCGCUCGGGAGACGGCUGUUUCGGACGACGAGGAUGGCGACGAGGAUGGCGAUGAGAUUGCGCACGUCACGAGCUCCGAGACCAUUCCGGAGGUCUCGGAACCGCCUUCACCAGACGAGGAUGCUGAAGGGGUCAUCGAGGACGGCCCAUCGAUUCUGACGAACCUGCUCAAGAAAUCACCCCCUCAAUCGCAUCGCGACCCAUCGCCCGAACCCCGACCCGAGCCAUUGGCGCUAUCCGACCCUGAACCGAAGCGAACCUUGUCCACAGAUACACCAAGAUGCGAGCCGCAGCGGUCGACGGAAAGAGUUGUCGAUGAGCCCACCGAGCGCACUCCUCUGAUUCCAAGAAUGUCGUCGGAUAGUUUCGAGAGCUACGAUACAACCGGAUCCACCGACGGGGUCGAUGUAGAAGGGCAAAAACAGAGACCGAGGAAGAAGUGGCUGAGAGGCCUAAAAGAUCUGACUGUCAAUGUGGAGGAGCACCUUGUCCACGGCAUUCAGAUCGCGACGAGCCCCAAGGCCUGGGACCGUCGAGCUCUGUGGCAGAAUGCUGUAGUGGCCCCAGCAUCUUGCCUGCCGGCGGUUGUUGUUGGCUUACUGCUCAACGUUCUUGAUGCCCUGUCUUAUGGCAUGAUUCUGUUUCCCCUCGGCAAGCCCAUCUUCGCUGGUCUGGGGUCGGCGGGCAUAUCCAUUUUCUAUGUGAGCACCAUUGUUUCUCAGUUGACUUUCUCAACUGGAAGUAUUUUUAAAGGGGGCGUUGGUUCUGAACUGAUUGAAGUCGUGCCGUUCUUCCAUAACAUGGCCCAAACAAUCACGGACCAUAUCGGCGAAGACCAACCCGAUGCCGUGAUCGCGACGACAAUUGUAUCAUACGCGAUCAGCUCCAUGAUGACUGGCACCGUCUUCUAUCUCAUGGGCAGGUUCAACUUCGGCUAUAUGGUUGGCUUCAUUCCGAGACACAUCUUGAUCGGCUGCAUUGGAGGUGUCGGUUGGUUCUUGGUGGCCACAGGAUUCGAGGUCUCUGCUCGAAUGGAUGGCAGCCUUGAGUACGACAUGGACACCCUACACAAGCUGUUCCGGAGCGACACGAUACCUCUUUGGGUGACUCCCCUUUUGCUCGCCAUUGUGCUCUUCUACAGCCAAACUCGGGGUGCAUCCAAGUACUUUCUGCCAUUGUACAUCAUCUCGAUUCCGGUUGUCUUCUACUUCUUUGUAUUUUCUCUUGAUGCGCUCGAGCCUGACUCUCUCCGAGAUAAUGGGUGGAUUUUCGAAGGACCCCCUUCGGACGAGCCGUGGUGGUACUUCUAUACGUUGUACAAAUUUAACCUGGUCGAGUGGGAUGCUGUGCUGGAGUGCGUUCCUGCAAUGCUGGCCCUUACCUUCUUCGGUAUCCUCCACGUCCCCAUCAAUGUUCCCGCCCUAGCUCUACAGAGCGGGGAGGACAACGCCGAUCUUGACCGCGAGCUCAAGCUUCAUGGCUACUCUAACUUCAUCUCUGGCAUGGCUGGCAGCAUUCAAAAUUACCUUGUUUAUGCCAACACCGUGUUCUUCAUGCGCUCCGGAGGAGACAGCAGGCUUGCUGGUUACAUGCUGGCAGCUUUAACCUUUGGCGUCAUGAUCAUUGGCCCCAAGAUUAUUGGGUUCAUCCCCAUCAUGAUGGUCGGCACUCUCAUUUUCGACCUUGGCUUUGAGCUUCUUCUCGAAGCCGUGUGGCUGCCGAGGAAGAAGCUGAAACUAGCCGAGUAUCUGACGGUAAUCGUCAUCGUUCUCGUGAUGGGCAUAUACGAUUUCGUCAUUGGCAUCGGUGUUGGCAUCAUUCUCGCAUUUGUUUCACUGAUCAUCCAGACGUCGAGGGUGUCUGCUGUCCGAGCCAGCUACACAGGCGAGAUUGUCGGCUCUACCGUGCGCAGAAACCCCUCGCAGCAUCACUACCUGCAGGAGGUCCGUCGUCAGAUCUACAUAGUCAAACUGACCGGCUUCCUGUUCUUUGGCACGGUCGUAAGUGUCGAAGAAAAGAUUCGCGCUCUGAUCGACGACAGUGCCUUUGCUGAAAGGCCCAUCAAGUAUCUGAUCCUGGAUUUGUACCACGUGACGGGUCUCGACUACUCCGCUGGCGAAGCCUUCAAUACCAUAAGCAGAUUGUUGGACAACAAGGGAAUUGUCCUUGUCUUGAGUGGGAAAGACGCGGAGAGCGAGGUUGGUCGCAAUUUGCGGGCUAUGGGACUCGGCAACGAUAGCAUCGAAGUCACCUUGCUUCCAGACCUCAACUCGGCUCUGGAGAGCUGCGAGAACGAGCUCCUCAAGACGCUGUACGCUAGUCAAGAGGAGUUGCGGAAGGGCUCCCGUCACGCACCCACUGCCAACCUCGACGUGCCUACGAAGCCAGAUCAGACAUCCUUCGACUUGGUAAUUAACUCGCCGAGACGCAACCAUCUUCACGAAGCUGCUCGGAACGCAUUAGCGAACACGGAGUCGUCGGGAACAAAGAGAUGGCAGAGCUUUAAAGAGCCCCUGCGUUUGAUGCUUCAGAUCUUCCAGGGACUUAGCGACAAGAAUGAAGACUUCUGGUUCAGAGCGGUGGGCUACUUCGUUCGGAAGGAAUACACAGCUGGCACCGUCCUCUUCACGAGAGGGGAGCCGGCCAAGGGUUUUUACCUGGUUGAGAAAGGCAUCCUCCGCGCCGACUACGACUUACCCCAAGGCUCGCUGACGGAGAGCAUCGUGGCCGGAACGACCUGUGGCGAACUACCAUUCUUCUCCGAGACGGAUCGGACUGCGACGGUGACAGUGGAUAGAGACUGCGUCGCGUGGCGCAUGGACAAGGAGGGCUGGCAAAAACUCCAAAAAGACCAGCCGGAUGUCGCUCAGGAGCUAUUGAGGGUGUCCCUGAAGCUGACAAGCGAGCGAAUGACCUCCAUCACCUCUUACAUUUUGACCAUGGCCGGUUAG